AUGAAUAAUCGUGAUAUUCUGUUAUAAGCACGUGAAGGGUAUGAAUUUAUCAUUAUAAUUUAGUCGAAAAUAAUCUGAAUAGUAAUUGGGUCUGUUGAUGAAUAGAAUCAAUCUCAUUUAAUAGAAUCAACUCAAAGUCAUUAGAAGAAUUAAAUAACAAUAGAAGUCUGUUGAAAUGAAAUAAUUAAUACAGUCUGAACAUGAUUCAUUUAAUUAGAGUGUUAUAUACACAUUAUUAUGAUAGAGAAAUAUUAUAAAUAAGCAAAAACUAUAGAAAAUACAUGAGAUUCAACUUAUGGCCAAGACAAAAAAACAUUAAAGCGAAGAGGGACGUAAAAAAACAUAAGAACAAUUAAAAUAAAUUAAAUAAUAAGAAACUGAAAAAUUGAAAAUUAAAUAGCUUGAAUUAGAAAGGUAAAUACAAUAAUAAAGAGAAUCUUAACUAAUUAAAAAUAUUGUCAGAUACAAUAAACUCAAAUAAGAAAGAGCAAAAUCCUAAAUAAAAAUGAGGAUCAGAUAAAAGUCAAGUGAAGAACUCAGAAAAUAAGAGUACUCUUAAUUAUUAGAGGUUGAAUGUUAAAAAAGAAUAUAAACAGAAUAAUCUAUUCGUAAAUUAGAAUAGAAGGAAUAAUUAUUGAUCUAAGAACUUUAAACAUCUUAAUAGUUGAGUUCAACAUACUCUCGAUAAUUGGUAUCAUAUUUAGUUGAUUAUAGGAUCCAAGAAUCAUAAACAAAAUUAGAGCAAAAUCGUACUAUCUAUCAUGA